CGCGAUUGGAGCUGCAGUGUAUGUGCAGUGCGGUCGUGUUCACGGUUUGGGGAGCGCGGUUGGUGAAAGGGAAGGAUAUCAAAUGCAAAAGGAUUUGCAGACGGGAUCUUCAAAAGCAAACAUUAGAUCAAGAUCUAGCAGUCACUCGAUUCAUGAAAAUCUAAAUAUCGGCGGCUGCUGCGUCUGGAAAGAUUAAGGGUAUUAGAAGGAGAGAAUUUGCAGUUGGGAAACUGACACCAACCAUCACACCAGGAUUUGAUGUCAUUUCCCACUUUAUCGUAACCGGAAUAUCAUCAGAUUUUGAACAUGGAAGGAGACAGCACUAUUCACAGUGGAGAGAAACCAUACUCGUGCCCUCAGCGUUUCAGCGAUUCAUCUGGACUGACACAACACAAGCGUAGUCACACCAAGGAGAAACCAUGGAAGUGUGGGGAAUGUGGGAAGGGAUUCAGAUCCCCAUCUGAGCUGGAAACUCAUCGACGCAUUCACAGUUCGGAGAGACCAUUCACCUGCCCUGAUUGUGGGAAGGGAUUCACUCGGUUAACUACGGUACUGACACACAAGCUGGUUCACACUGACGAGAGACCUUUUAAAUGUCCAGAGUGUGGGAAGUGCUUUAAAAGUUCCGGGCAACUGCUGAGCCAUCAACGUGUUCACACUGAUGAGAGACCAUUCAGAUGUUCUCACUGUGGGACUGGUUUUAGGCGAUCAUCUAACCUCAGUAUACACCAGCGAAUUCACACGGGGGAGAGGCCAUUCAUCUGUUCCGAGUGUGGGAAGAGAUUCACUCGGUUGUCUCACCUGCUGACACACAAGCGAGUUCACAAGAAUUCAGAAUGAAAGGAUUUCCAGUCAAAAAAACUCCAAGCCAGACAUCACAUCAGGAUCUUACAGAGUCAUCCAGCAUAUUGACACCUGAGCACCAUCGGGUUUUGAACAUGGAAGGAUGGAGCGCUGUUCAUGUGUUCUGUGUACGAACAAGGAUUCAGACAACCAUCUGGCUUCUCAGAACAUGAAGACAGACAAAAGAUUUACUCAGUUAUCCCAUUUGCUGAGACACCAGUGAGUUCAUCCUGAGGAUAUGCCAUUCACCUGCUCCGAUUGUGGGAAAGGAUCCAUUCAGUUGUCCCACCGGCUGAGACAAUGGCAAGGUCACUCUGGAGAGAGGCCAUUCAUCUGCUUGUGAAUGUGGGAAGGUGUUCACUGCCUCAUCCACUCUGAGGAUGCACCAGUGUCUUCACACUGAGAACAGGCCACUCAAGUACUCUCACUGUGGGCCUGGGUUCAAGCACUAAUCUAACCUCACUGUACACCAGAGAGACUGCACUAGGGAUCGGCCAUUCACCUGCUCUGUGUGUGGAAAGGGAUUCACUUGGUCUUUCUACUUGCUGAGGUACCAGAGACCUCACAAGUACCUACAGUGAUUAUAUGCCGUUCUUAAUUGGUAGGGUUUAUUAUUCACAAGUAUUAGAUAUUAUGUAUUAGAUAGGUUGCCCUUAAAUUUAAUAAGGCACUAGGACAGGUUAAGAUGCAGCUAAGGACUCAAAAAAAGUAAGAAUUGAAAUUGUGCAGAAUGUGAUCAUAAUGUUUCAAUCUUAGUUACAUUUGGGGUGGUGCCAAAAGACUGAAAAAUUGAAAACAUUAUACUAUGGUUUUAGGAAAAGAUGCAAAGAUAAAGCUUGCCGCUACAAACAGUCAGAUUUAUUUUGUUGGUUCAGGAAACAUUUAAAAACAAUAAUCUGGGAUGUCAUUAAUAGCAACAUGAAUAAAAUAGGAAAAGUAGUAUUAAUUUCUUAAGGCAAAAUCAUGCUCCACUAACCUGCUGGAGUGCUUUGAAGAGGUAACAGUGUAUUGGAGUGGGUGUUGAUGAGUUGUGCAUCGACUUCCGAAACAAACUUCAGUCAUUGGCAUACUGCAGGCUUUGUGAGCAAAGUCAGAAAUCAUGAAAUGAAAGACACGGCAGCAACAUGGAGACAGACAGUGACAGGAAGCAGAAAGUAGUGUUUCAUGAUGUUUUACAAUUGGAGGAAUGUUUUUAGUAGAGUUCUCCAGGGGUCAGUGUUGGUGCAGUUGCUUUUCUGCAUAUAUACUGCCAGAACUGAUUUGAAAAACUGUGAUGCGUAGCGAUUAUUCGAAACACCAUGUCUGCUGUGAUCACGGGGCUAGACCAAACUUUCCAGAAGACGGGAUUUAGUUAACAUAGAUGUCAGGUGUUGCAUUGUGGUAAGACAGACCAGGAUAGAGCUUACACAAUAAAUAGUACAGCCCUGGGGAGUGUUGCCAAACAAAAGAGACACAGGGGAGCAGAUGCAUAGUUCCUUGAAAAUGGAGUCACAGGUAGACAGGAUGGUGAGGAAGGCGUUUGGUACACUUGCCUUCAUUGGUCAUAACAUUGAGUACAGGAAUUGGGAUGUCAUAUUGCAGUAGUACAGGACAUUGAUGAGACCACGAUGGCUCAGUGAUUAGCACUGCUGCCUCACAGCACCAGGAACCUGGGUUUGAUCCACCGUCAGGCAACUGUCUGUGUGGAGUUUGCACAUUCUCCCUGUGUCUCUGUGGGUUUCUUCCGGGUGCUCCAGUUUCCUCCCACAGUCCAAAGAUGUGCAGGCUAGGUGGAUUGGCCAUGCUAAAUUGCCCAUAGUGUUCAGGGAUGUAUAGAUUAGGUGGGUUAUAGGAAGAUGGGUCUGGGUGGGAUGCUGUGAGUGUUGAUGUGGACUUGUUGGACCAAAGGGCCUGUUUACACACUGUCGGGAUUCUAUGAUCAGUGAUCUAUGACCAGUUUUGGAAUACUGUGUGCAAUUCUGGUCAUCCUUCUAUAAAAAGGAUGUUGUUAAGCUUGAGAGGGUGCAGAAGAGAUUUAAAGGAUGUUGCUGGGACUGAAGGGUUGAGCUAUAGGGAGAGGCUGAAUAGGCUGGGGCUUUUUUUUCCCUGGAGCGUCGGAGACAGAGGGGUGACCUUACAAAGGUUUAUAAAAUCAUGAGGGGCAUGGAUAGGGUGAAAAAACAAAGUCUUUUUCCGAGGAUAGAGAAGUCCAAAACUAGAGGACAUAGGUUUAAGGUGAGAGGAGAAAGAUUUAAAAAGAACUUGAUGGGUAAUUUUUUCUCGCAGAGGGUGGUGCGUGUAUGGAACAAGCAGCCAGAGGAAGUGGUGGAGGUAGUUACAAUUGCGACAUUUAAAAGGCAUCUGGGUGGGUAUAUGAAUAGGAAGGGUUUAAAGGGAUAUAUGCCAAAUGCAGGCAAAUGGGACUAGGUCAGAUUGGGAUGUCUGGUCGGCGCAAAUGAGUUGGAUCGAAGUGUCUACUUCUGACUCUAUGACUCUAUAAAUAUUGUUAGAAGUCAAAGUUAGCUAGAAAAUCUACACCUCAGGUGCCUUCUUAUGGGACUGGAAUGUUAAAGUACAGUGUUAUAAAUGCCACAAAGAUGGAUUUUCACCAUGGAAACUAACAAUAAAAAAGAUGUGCAAGCUGGCCUUCUACUGAAAGAAGAUUUUAAUGGCUGCAUUAAACCUCUGAGAUGAACCAUAGUUGUUCAUUUGCAGUGCAAGCCUUUGCCUCAGUGUUCCCCUCCCACUACUACCCCUACCCCCCACCCCCCCCAACGCCCACCACCAAAAGAGAAGUCUUUCUCACAAUACUCACACAGUACUGAGAUCAACUGCCUUGUACAAUUUUGAAACAGCUGUCACUUAAUGCUUUAAACAUUUACAUUUGAUAUCAAAACCUCUAACUCCAAGCGAUGUUGGUGAAGCCUCCGCCUGCAGAAAUCAGAGGAAAUCUGUAUUUCAGCUUUCUGCAAGUGACCAGCAUUCUUUCACCAAAACAGUGAAUUAGAAUGUGCAUUUCAGCAAUAUUCCUUAGAUGACUUUCGAGAGAAUUUUAAAUGGGAAGAAAUUGAUUGUGGUUGCCGAACUGCAGGCUAGCCAAUUAAUCACUCCCACAAAGGAAUUCCAGACUGCUAACUCCAGCUUCACACUUUUGGACACAAUCUUCAAGCACAGACAUUUAGAAACUAAAUUUGUUACAACUUGAAUCAUGUUUUUAAUUCUUGUAGAUUUUUGUUUCUUCUUGCAUGUUUAUGAUUGUGCCGAUGUUGCAAAUAAUAGCACCAGUAUCUAAGAAUAUGUUAAAUAAACCAGACUUCUAGAUUAAUUUUA